AGCUUGUCUUACUGGUUGAUUAUUUGCCCACUGUGGGUGAGUAUAUCCAAACGGCAGGUAGGCUACGUGAAGGAGGUGUUUGUAUGUCAUUCUGGACCAAGAGGUGUGUUGGUAAGUUCUCCAUCAAGCCAGAUGUUUGCAUUGCCAAGCAGAUGGCCAGGUUCUAUGGUCUCAGCCAUCUUGGUCAUGACCUAUGUUGCUCCCAUCUCCAUGGAAUUCCAGACGAUGUCUCUCAUUUGUACCGGUAUUUGAAGGGUGAAGUUGGCCCACGAGUGGAAGAAGUGGGGUCCAGUUUAGGUGAUGGUAUCGGUAAUUCCAAUGCUAAUUCUGAAGAUAAUUCUCUUUCUUUUGGUAACGAGUCCUCUGUUUUUGAAGAUUAUGACGCUAACGUCAGUAAUUCUGAUGAGUUUGAUGCUGUGCCAGAUGUUCCAAUGUCCAGUGGUUGUGACGAUAAUGAUAAUGUUGAUGCUGAUUCUUUUGAUUUGAGUUCCAAUUCGAAUAAUAAUGAUAAGGAGAACGUUUCCCCAUUGUCUGUUCCAAAUGCUAUCAGGAAUAAUAGGCCUUCCUCUAUUCUCACCAUGAAUAAUUACCUGAUGAAUGUUGGUGAUGGUAUUAAUUCCAGUUCUAAUUCCAAUUCCAAUGGAAGAUUGAUGUCUCCAGCCAAGGUUUCUAGUGCUGCUACCCCCAGUCCAAGAAAAGAUUCUGUGCUUCCCCCAAUCUAUAAUUCUGCCUCCAGAAAUGGUCAUUCCAAGAAGAGAAAGAAUAAUAAUACUGUAGUGCCAAUUCCAAAGUUGAAAAUCCUGCCUUUCAAGGUGGGUGCCAGUAAAAGAUUAAAGGCCAUGCCAAUUAAGGAUGAGAUAUUUGAAUUAUUCCACCAUUGUAAGAAUGUUUUUGAUUUCCUUGGUGUCCCUGCUGGUAUUGCUGCUCGGUUGCAUUUCUAUGGUCUCAAUGAGUCCUGCCUGUCGUUUCCUUUGUGGUAUACGGAUGGUUUAUGUUCCAGAUGUCUAGCUCCUGAGAACGGUGGGUGUGUCUGUUGGGAGGGUGGUCCUUGCGCUGUGAGACGGUUUGGUUUUGAGUUCAUUUUGAUGCUUCAGCUUAUCCUUUCCAAGAAGGAGUUUUUGCAGGUUAGAGGGCUUUGUUGGGGAGAUGAUUUGAAUGCUGUCAUGGUUAAGUAUGGACGUCAAAAAUCCAUGCUUCUUGAUAAGUUUAAGGCCAGCUACCUAGCUGUCUUUGCUGCUUUUAUGGUGAAGAAUCCCAAGUUGCCAGUGCCUCGUGUGCUGUUCAAGGAUGAUCUCAGAAUGACGAGCUUAUAUAACGCCAUGUGGGAGCAUUUGAAGAGUAAGAGGUUGGAUAUUUUGCAGUUUCUCAGGUAA